AUGAACCUUAAAAACAUGCUAAGAAUUGAUAAAAGAAGGCACACACAAAAGGCCAUAUGUUGUACCAUGGAGGCGGACGGGACCGGCGAGCAGAUGAGACCGCUCCUCACCCGGGGUCCCGAUGAAGAAGCUGUUGUGGAUCUUGGCAAAACCAGCUCAACUGUGAACACCAAGUUUGAAAAAGAAGAACUAGAGAGCCAUCGAGCUGUGUACAUCGGUGUUCACGUUCCGUUUAGUAAAGAGAGUCGCCGGCGUCACAGGCAUCGCGGACACAAGCAUCACCAUCGGAGGAGAAAAGACAAGGACUCGGACAGAGAGGAUGGACGGGAAUCUCCUUCUUAUGACACGCCAUCCCAGAGAGUGCAGUUCAUCCUCGGCACUGAGGACGACGAUGAGGAGCACAUCCCCCACGACCUCUUCACAGAGAUGGACGAGCUCUGCUACAGGGACGGGGAGGACUAUGAGUGGAAGGAGACGGCCAGAUGGCUGAAAUUUGAAGAGGAUGUUGAAGAUGGUGGUGACCGGUGGAGUAAACCUUAUGUGGCAACUCUUUCUUUACAUAGUCUUUUUGAGCUGAGAAGUUGCAUCUUAAAUGGAACAGUCAUGCUGGAUAUGAGAGCAAGCACUCUCGAUGAAAUAGCAGAUAUGGUACUGGACAACAUGAUUGCCUCUGGCCAGUUGGACGAGUCCAUCAGAGAGAAUGUCAGAGAAGCCCUUCUAAAGAGGCACCACCAUCAGAAUGAGAAGAGGUUCACCAGCCGGAUCCCCCUAGUUCGAUCUUUUGCAGACAUAGGCAAGAAACAUUCUGACCCUCACUUGCUUGAAAGGAACGGUAUUUUGGCCUCUCCACAGUCUGCACCUGGAAACUUGGACAAUAGUAAAGGUGGAGAAAUUAAAGGUAAUGGAAGUGGAGGAAGCAGAGAAAAUAGUACUGUUGACUUCAGCAAGGUUGAUAUGAAUUUCAUGAGAAAAAUUCCUUCAGGAGCGGAGGCAUCCAAUGUUCUGGUGGGAGAGGUGGAUUUUUUAGAAAGACCUAUAAUUGCGUUUGUGAGACUGGCUCCCGCUGUUCUUCUCUCAGGGCUAACCGAAGUCCCCGUCCCUACAAGGUUUUUGUUUCUGUUACUGGGGCCUGCAGGCAAGGCUCCACAGUAUCACGAAAUUGGAAGAUCAAUAGCCACCCUCAUGACAGAUGAAAUUUUUCAUGAUGUAGCUUAUAAAGCAAAAGACAGAAAUGACCUCUUAUCUGGAAUUGAUGAAUUUUUAGAUCAAGUGACCGUCCUACCUCCAGGAGAGUGGGACCCUUCCAUACGCAUAGAGCCGCCAAAGAGUGUUCCAUCUCAGGAAAAGAGAAAGAUUCCUGUAUUUCCCAAUGGAUCUGCCCCCAGCUCGGGUGACGCCCCGAAGGAGGCAGCGCACCACGCGGGGCCCGAGCUCCAGAGGACUGGACGGCUUUUUGGUGGUUUGAUACUUGACAUCAAAAGGAAAGCACCUUUUUUCUUGAGUGACUUCAAGGAUGCAUUAAGUCUGCAGUGCCUGGCCUCGAUUCUUUUCCUAUACUGUGCCUGUAUGUCUCCUGUAAUCACUUUUGGAGGGCUGCUUGGAGAAGCUACAGAAGGCAGAAUAAGUGCAAUAGAGUCUCUUUUUGGAGCAUCAUUAACUGGGAUUGCCUACUCGUUGUUUGCUGGGCAACCUCUCACAAUAUUGGGGAGCACAGGUCCAGUUUUAGUGUUUGAAAAAAUUUUAUUUAAAUUCUGCAGAGAUUACCACCUUUCCUAUCUGUCUCUGAGAACCAGUAUUGGUCUGUGGACCUCUUUCUUGUGCAUUGUUUUGGUUGCAACAGAUGCAAGCAGCCUGGUGUGCUACAUCACACGGUUCACCGAGGAGGCUUUUGCAGCUCUCAUCUGCAUCAUAUUCAUCUAUGAGGCUUUGGAGAAGCUCUUCCAUUUAGGAGAAACAUACGCAUUUAAUAUGCACAACAAUUUGGAGGAACUGACCAGCUACUCAUGUGUGUGUGUUGAGCCUUCUAACCCUGGCAAUGAAACUCUGAAGACGUGGGAGGAACAGAAUGUGACAGCCCGCGACAUUCCCUGGGGGAACCUCACUGUGUCUGAAUGUAAAAUCUACCAUGGUACAUUUGUAGGAUCAGCUUGUAGUCUCCAUGGACCUUAUAUUCCAGAUGUGCUCUUUUGGUCUGUCAUCUUAUUUUUCACAACAUUUUUUCUGUCUUCAUUCCUCAAGCAAUUUAAGACCAAGCGCUAUUUUCCUACCAAGGUGCGCUCGACAAUCAGUGACUUUGCUGUAUUUCUCACCAUAGUAAUAAUGGUUGUAAUUGACUACCUUGUAGGAGUUCCAUCUCCUAAACUUCAUGUUCCUGAAAAAUUUGAGCCUACUGAUAAAAAUAGGGGCUGGAUCAUAAGCCCGCUGGGAGAGAACCCUUGGUGGACCUUGUUAAUCGCGGCCAUUCCAGCUCUGCUAUGCACCAUUCUCAUCUUCAUGGAUCAGCAGAUCACAGCGGUGAUCAUCAACAGAAAGGAGCACAAGUUGAAGAAAGGAGCUGGCUACCACCUUGACCUGCUCGUGGUUGGUGUCAUGCUGGGAGUGUGCUCUGUCAUGGGACUUCCAUGGUUUGUGGCUGCAACGGUGUUGUCAAUAAGUCAUGUCAACAGCCUAAAAGUGGAAUCUGAAUGCUCUGCUCCUGGGGAGCAACCCAAGUUUUUGGGCAUUCGUGAACAGCGGGUGACAGGGCUAAUGAUUUUUAUUCUAAUGGGCCUGUCUGUGUUCAUGACUUCAGUACUAAAGUUCAUUCCAAUGCCUGUUCUAUAUGGCGUUUUCCUUUAUAUGGGAGUUUCCUCAUUAAAAGGAAUCCAGUUCUUUGACCGUAUUAAGCUGUUUGGCAUGCCGGCCAAGCACCAGCCCGACCUGAUCUACCUGCGUUACGUGCCGCUCUGGAAGGUGCACGUCUUCACCGUCGUCCAGCUCACCUGCCUGGUCCUCCUGUGGGUGAUAAAAGCCUCCGCCGCUGCAGUCGUUUUCCCCAUGAUGGUUCUGGCAUUAGUCUUUGUUCGCAAACUCAUGGAUCUGUGUUUCACAAAGAGAGAGCUUAGUUGGCUUGAUGAUCUCAUGCCAGAAAGUAAGAAAAAGAAAGAAGACGACAAAAAGAAAAAAGAGAAAGAGGAAGCUGAGCGAAUGCUCCAAGCUGGUGAAGACACUGUGCACCUUCCAUUUGAAGGGGGAAGCCUCCUGCAGAUUCCAAUGAAGGCGCUAAAAUACAGUGUUGAUCCCUCAGUUGUUAACAUAUCAGAUGAAAUGGCCAAAACUGCACAGUGGAAGGCACUGUCCAUGAACACUGAGAAUGCCAAAGUACCCAGACCUAACACGAGCCCUGAAAAACCUGUAAGUGUGAAAAUAAAUUUUGAAGAUGAACCAAGAAAGAAAUACCUGGAUGCUGAAACUUCAUUAUAG